AUCCGAGCAAUGGUCUAAUCUCACAAUGCCGGGCCGACCACAUGCAAGCCUCAAUAAGACAUAAAGCCACCGAACCCCUCAUCUGCUCGCCGUGUAGUAGUUGCAUUUCACAGCGUCUCAAUUUACUUCAUAAUCUCUAAUUGAUAAGCAUCUUGAAAACACUACUCCAAAGUCAAAGAUAUACCCAAACGUCUGAUUAAAUAUGGCCUCCAAGUCAUUCUACGCAAUCAUCUCCGGAGCGGGUUCCGGCACUGGCCGCGCAGCAGCCGUCCGCUUCGCCAAGGCGUACCCGGUCGUGCUCCUCGCCCGUAAGCCAGAGAGCUACAACGCAAUCGUGGACGAGAUCAAGCAGGCCGGCGGCCAAGCCUUCGGCAUCACGGCCGAUGCUACAGACGAGGCUGCCGUCAACGCCGCUUUCGAGACGAUCAAGAAGGAGCUCCCCGGAAGCAAGCUCGCUGCCGCAAUUUACAAUGUCAACGCUGGCUUUUCCCGCAAGCCGUUCCUUGAGCUCAAGCGGGAGGAGCUUGACCUCAGUCUUGACGCCGCGCCUAAGGGGUUCUUCACAUUCGCGCAAAAGACGCUUCCACUGUUGCUCGAGUCGGUGUCCGGUUCCCCUCACCCGCCGUCUUUGAUCAUCACUGGGGCCACAGCAUCCAUCAAAGGCAGCGCAUUGUUUGGAGGGUUUGCGGCAGGCAAGUUCGCCCUCCGCGCCCUAGGCCAAUCUCUGGCACGCGAGUUCGGUCCGCAGGGAGUCCAUGUGUCACACGCCAUCAUCGAUGGAGGCAUCGACACCCCUUGGGGUAAGGCCUAUGCUGCCAACGAUGGCGUAGAAGACGGGAAGAUUUCACCGGAUGCUAUUGCUGAUGCCUACUGGUACCUACACACGCAACACCGCUCCGCAUUUAGUCAGGAGAUUGACAUCAGACCGUACGUGGAAAAGUUUUGAGCAAACGAGCGGCACUGGAACUGGAGACGUU